AUGACCAGCUCCUUCAAUACAAUGCAAGCCCAAAACCAAUUUGAAUUUGCAAAUGCCAGAAGUGUAGGCCUAGAGACUAGAAAUGUACUAGUUGAAACCUUUUUACAAGCUUCGUUUCGUCUAUGCAAUGAUCCUUCUCAAAUCCGAAAAUGCCUUGAAAAUGUCUUACAGACACAAUUUCCUGUCUCCCCUGUCCACAUUGUUCUCUUGUUUUAUUAUCUAUUUGUUGUGGUGGCAUUCGUCGGCUUACGUACGCUACAGCAAACCAUCAACCUAUUGUAUCUACUUCAGCUCAAAAUUUCUCUCAAUCGACUAGUGACACGGUUGUGGUGCAGUGACCGGCUGAACCAAGGAGAUUCCACCAUCAUUUCGAGUGACUGA